UGGUCCUUCUAGCUUUCCGUAAUGUUUACUUCCUGUUAAACCAAAAUGGCGUCGAAACGAUGAACAGUUAGCUAGUCUAACAGCUAAAAAUAUAUCUCUUUUUUUUUUAGUUCAUAUUAAAUUGCAUUUAUCGAGUUUAAUAUGAAUAUUUACUUUCUUUUAUGGUCUGUAUCUGUUUAAAAGUUUGUAAGUUUAGAGUGUUUUUGAAGGCGAAGGAUGUUACCCUGUUAACACCGAGCAGCUCAGAGCCAUGGCGGAGGCGGAGGAGCUGCGGCCCGUUCCGCGAGAGAGAGCCAUCCUGGAGAGCUUCUUCGCUCAGCUCGGAAUGUUCUCAUUCGACCGAGCCAAGGACUACGUGGAGAAGGAGAAGGACAGCAGCCGGAGCUUCGGGGCCAUCUGGAGCUCUCUGCUGGCGGCGCUGGCUCACCUGUCCGCCGCGGAGAAGGUGUACCACAACCUGACAUUCCUGGGGCAGAAGAUAGGCGGCCAGUCGUUCUUCAGCCGGAAAGACUCCAUCCGCACUGUCUACACGUCACUGUACAAUGAACUUAGGAAGGUGGUGACCAUGGGGCGCCACAACCAGCCUACUUCUUCCUCUUCAUCGUCCUCCACCUCCCUCGAGGACCUGCUGUCUCACCUGUCGGAGCAGCUGUGCCACUUCACCCAGGCCCGGAUGGAGAUGGCCGACGUGUACGAGAAGCUGCACUCGCUGGCCAGCCAGAAGAGCAUCAACUCAGAAGAGCUGGUCUCCACGCUGGAGGCCGUCCUGCACAAGUACAGCUCCAAGUUCCACCACCCUAUCCUGGCCCGGGUGGAGGAGGGUUUCCAGACGGAGGUGGAUGUAGUGACCCAGUUGAUGCGCUGCCAGGCCCAGGUGUCGGAAUGGCACUUCCUGCCCGCCCUGCUCAGCCUGCAUAGCGCUCACACCAAACUCACAGCUUGGGCUCAGUUUUUCCAGCGGCAGAAGGAGACCCGGAAGAAUCUGUUCGGGGGUCAGUCCCAGAAGGCCAUGCAGCCUCCUCAUUUGUACGUGUGGCUGCAGCGUUUCCAUGCAGCGCUGCUCGCCAAGUUCAGCUUCUACUUCCACGAAGCUCUGAGCCGGCAGACGGCUCCUGGAGACAUGAGAACCAUGACCGCCCGGACCGCACCGGACUACUGCGGUAAGAUCUCCGCUUUCAUCAGGAAGCACGAUGCCAGCAAUGUGUCGCUGGUGUUUGACAACCGCGGCUCAGUGAGCUUCCAGGGCCACGGCUACCACCACCCGCACUCGUACCGAGAGGCCCCCAAAGGUGUGGAGCAGUUCCCGGCGGUGGUGUCGCUGCCUUCAGGGGAGCGGCCACUCACGCACUGGCCCAACGUCAUCAUGAUGAUGAGUGACCGCGCUGCCGAGCUCAACACUCUGGAGAAAGUGGUUCAGUUCUACGACGAUAAGGUCCAGAGCACAUACUACCUUACCCGGCCCGAGCCACACUUCACCCUGGUGGUCAUCUUUGAUGGGAGGAAGUCAGAGAAGGACCAGCACAUCACCUCCUUUCUGCAGGAGAUCUCUGGCUCGCUGCGGAACUGCAAACCCUUCAGCAUCCUCAAGCCGGGCUCAAAGGGCUGAGCUCGGCUCGGAGCGGGACAGGACUCGCAUUUACACCUGAAGUUCUUCUUACCUAACUUCUUACUUCUGUGGUCCAACUGCUAAUCUGAAUCUUAUUCCAGACCAAAGAGAUUUAAUCUGCUGAUUCUUCAACGAGAAUACAACGAAGCUUAAUGUAAAAUCUGUUUUAAUUAUUUUCCAUUUUGUUACAGUUUUACGACCCAAAUAAAAUUCUAAUUUGGUUCUUUGUCCAAAA